AUGGAGCAGCUCGCGCAGAAAGUCGGCGGCUUGAGCCUCGACGCCCUCGCCGAGAAGUAUCCCAACUGCUUCCCGGAUCUGAACCCGUUCGAUUUCUACCGCGCCCAUUUGUCCAAUGUUCUGGCCGAUAUCACGGGAGUCGAACCCAAGAUCAUCUUUGGGGCGCUCUCGUGGACAUCAAGUCUCGAUAAGGGAGACUUGAUCUUGGCUGCACCGGCGCUGCGCGUCAAGGGGAAGAAGCCGGAUGAAUUGGCGAAGGAAUGGGCUGAGAAGUUCCCGGAAAACGACCCGCUCUUCCAGAAGCCGACUGUGGUCAACUACUUUAUGCCCUUCUACCUCAAGCCCGCCCCCGCCGUCGAAACCGUUAUUCCCCUUAUCCAAAAACAGGGGGCCGAGUUUGGCAACAACAAGUCCCUGGGCCUCAAAGACCCCAAGGACCCCAGCCAAGGAAAGAAGCGCAUCAUCGUUGAGUUCAGCUCACCCAACAUCGCCAAGCCGUUCCACGCCGGUCAUCUGCGCAGUACCAUCAUCGGUGGCUUUCUAUCGAAUUUAUACCAAGGCGCGGGAUGGGACGUGGUGCGAAUCAACUACCUCGGCGACUGGGGUAAGCAGUACGGCCUGUUGGCGUUGGCAUUCGAGAGAUACGGCGAUGAGGCGGCGCUCGAAGCGGACCCGAUCAACCACCUGUUCCAGCUGUACGUGCGUAUCAAUAGCGACAUGACGGCAGAGAAGGAGAAUAUCGAGAAGCGGAAGCAGGACGGCGAGGAUGUGACAGAGCUCGAGGCCAACAGCCUGGACGAGCAGGCCCGUCGCUACUUCAGGUUGAUGACGGACCGAGAUCCGGCGGCGCUGGCGCAGUGGCAGCGCUUCCGCAACCUCAGCAUCACCCGGUACCAGGAAACGUAUGCGCGCCUUAACAUCCACUUUGACGAGUACAGCGGCGAGAGUCAGGUACCAGAAGAGAGGAUGGCAGAGAUUGGACAGGAGAUGCAGGACAAGGGUAUCAGCAAGGAGGACAAGGGCGCCAUGAUUGUCGACUUCCAGGAGCUGGUGCCGGGCAAGGAAGGCAAACGGCUGGAGAAGCCGAUUGUCAAGAAGCGCGACGGCACAGCGUUGUACUUGACGCGUGACAUCAGCGAGCUGCUGGGCCGCCACGAGAAGUACAAGUUCGACCGCAUGAUCUACGUCGUGGCGUCGGCACAGGACCUGCAUCUCAAGCAGUUGUUCAAGAUCAUCGAGCUUCUGGGCCACAAGGAGAUUGCGGACAAGUGCCAACACAUCAACUUUGGACUGGUGCUGGGCAUGAGCACCCGCCGAGGCACGGUCAAGUUUCUGGAUGACAUUCUGCGGGAUGUGGCCGAUAAGAUGCACGAGACGAUGAAGAAGAAUGAGAAUAAGUAUAACCAGGUGGAUAACCCAGAGGCGACGGCGGAUACGUUGGGAAUCAGCAGUGUCAUGGUUCAGGAUAUGACGGGCAAGAGGAUUAACAACUACAACUUCAACAUGGACGCCAUGACAUCUUUCGAGGGUGACACCGGCCCGUACCUGCAAUACGCGCACGCGCGCGUGUCGUCGAUCCGCCGCCGUGCCAACCUGACCGACGAUGAGCUCGUAUCGGCCGACCUCUCGCUGCUGACGGAGCCGCACGCGAUCAACAUUGUCCGGCUCCUCGCGCUCUGGCCGGACAUGGUGCAGAACACGCUGCGCACGCUGGAGCCGACGACGGUACUGACGUACCUGUUCAAGAUGACACAUGCGUUGAGCAGCAGCUACGACCAGUUGCAGGUGGUCGGGAGCGAGCGGGAGUUGAUGAAGGCGCGCAUGGCGCUGUAUGAUGCGGCGCACACGGUGCUUGGCCUCCCAUACAUCGGAAGGGUGCACGACAUCCCCUCCAAAGCGUCGUGGGUCAAGUUCUACGAAUGGAGCAAGGAGUACGGACCGAUCUACCAGACGCGCAUCUUCGGUACAACCCACGUGUGGAUCUCGAUGGAAAGCGUGGCCCAGGAGCUCCUGGCGAAGCGUUCAACUAUCUAUUCCGACCGGCCAAUGAUCCCGAACCUCCCGGACAAUCGAACUAGUGGGGAGUACCUGGCGCUGCUGGGGCACACGGCCUCCUUACAUUCAUACCCAACUGUCGAACGCGAUCGCUUCCUCUACCUGCUCUGCCUCGACCCGGCCAAUUACAUCGAAUGGAUUGAGCAGUUCACAGGACGAACCAUCUCCUGGCUGUGCUGGGGCACGGCAAGCCCAGCCCAGGUCCUCCGGCACACGACCUUUGGCCUUCUCGAGACAAUCAGCCCGGCGGGCUCGUUGCCGAACAUGGUUACUUUCUUGAGACACGUUCCCUGGUGGAUGAGCCCGUGGAAGAAAAAGGAACAGGCUCGGCAUCAACUCGAGGGAAGACUCUUCCGCGCUAAUGUUGACCAUGUCACUGGGGGAAUGAACCUGGAUCAUGGCCAUGAUAACAAGGACAGGAACGCAAAGGGUAACGGAGCUGACAAUCCAGGAAAAGGCGAACCAGCAGCACUCUCGGAAAACCCUCACCCUGCUGAACCCAGUUUCAUCCGCACCUUCUUCGAAACCAAAUCCUCCCCCGACGAGCGCGUCCGCGCCCGCUGGGGCGAACCAGACCAAGCCUCUCACGUAGUCGGACUGAUGGCCAUCGCGGGUGCGUUGACCAUCGGCAGCCCCAUCCAGAGCUACAUCCUAGCCAUGUGUCAUUUCCAGGAGUGGCAGUGCAAGCUUCAGAAGGAAAUCGAUGAGGUGUUGGGAGGCAGGUGUCCACAGUGGGAGGACCGGGCGGAGUUGCCGUUGUUGAGGGCCGUGGUGAAGGAGGUGAUUCGGUGGAGGCCGCCUGUGCCGACUGGGAUUCCGCAUGCGAGUGAACGAGAUGAUGUGUAUGAGGGGUAUCAUAUCCCCGCUGGCGCUACGAUACACGCCCUGGAGUGGGGCAUCACCCGCGACGAGAGCAAGUACCCAGAAGCCGAAACCUUCAACCCUUACCGCUGGCUCGACCCGUCUUCCCCUGUCUACCGCGAACCCCUGACUGAAUACCCCAAACUCUCCGGCUUCUCCCAAUUCGGCUUCGGCCGCCGCACCUGCCAAGGCAUCCCCAUCGUGGAGCAAGACCUCUUUCUAACCAUGGGCGGCAUGGCCUGGGCCUUCAACAUCGGGUGCAAAAAAGAUCCGGUCACAGGCGAGGAUAUCCCCGUCCACUGGGACGAUUACACCCCGCUGUUGAUCGCCAAGCCCACGCCGUUUGACUUCCAGGCUGUACCGCGGUCGAGGGCCAAAGUGGAUGCCAUGCGGGAGAUGUACCGAGACGCGAUGCGGGAGUUGGAGGGGAAGAAGGGCGGGGACAUGGAUGUGGGUGCGUUUUAUAAGGAUUUGGGGGAUGCGCAUGUGGCUGUGGCGAAGGAAAAGGAAGAUGGUGAGAAGAAGAAGAAGCGUGAAGAGAAGGUAAACCCACCGCCCCUCCCACCCCGUCCUAAGAAACCCCAGAGCAGCGGUAUCAACAUCAACGCCGAUCUUGACAGGCUAGACACGGGAACCGUAACCUGUCCGACGCCGAAUCUCACGUUUAGCGGGCCCACCACGCCUGUCUCCGAAGAUGGACCGGGAACACCGCCUAGUGGGGGAGAGGGAGGUGAAGGAGAGAAGAAAUAUGGACAGUUGGUGUACAACACUCUGGGGCGGGCGGCUGCGUCGGUGGAUGCUGUGCAGAGGGUGGGUGGUCGAGGUCAAGGUCUGGAGCAGAGGCAGGAGCAUGGUCUGGGUCAGGGUCAGGGUCCACGGUUCGUUCAGGAGUCGCGGGAGGCAACCGAAGAUCUGGCGAUUGAGACAGUCAGUAGUCAGCGGAUUGCGUGGUCGUGGUCGUUUGGGUUUGGGUUGGGGUUUCUCUGGGGGAGUGGACAGGCUAGGUCGGAGGGCAGAGAGACGCAGAGAGAAGUGGAGAGUCGUAGACUGAUGGAGAUGGAGUAA